ACCUAUAGAGCUAUGAAGAAGCGUUUUAGUUUUGUUUUGCAGCACGCGAGAAGCGACGCAGAUCGCAGGCGACACGCAGUACUUUAGUCUCGGGAAAGUUCGCUCUCUGAAAGAUGAUUUUCGACAAGGUGAAGAAGUUCCAGGUGCUUUUCGACUCUCCGGAUGUGAACUCUCCGCCCGUGUUCAGCAGCGGGGACGUGGUGUCCGGUCGCGUCGUGCUCGAGCUCGGGGCAGAAACGAAAGUGCACUCGGUAAAACUCCACGCCGAAGGUUAUGCGAAAGUGCACUGGACCGAAUCUCGCAGCGCAGGAUCGAGCACGGCUUACACGCAGAACUACAGCGACGAGGUGGAAUAUCUGAACCGGAGAGAUGUGCUGCUGCAGGCAGAUAAUGGUGAGGUGAUGACUCUUCCCCCAGGACGACACGAAUACCCCUUCAGCUUCCAGCUCCCUGAAGAGACCCUUGUGACCUCCUUCGAAGGCAAGCACGGCAGCAUUCGCUACUGGGUCAAGGUCAAGCUGCACCGGCCGUGGGCCCAGGUCAAGAAGAUCAAGAAAGAGUUUACAGUAAUCGAGCCCAUCGAUAUCAACACACCGUCUCUACUUGCACCUCAAGCUGGAACCAAAGAGAAGAUGGCUCGUAUGUGGUAUCACAACUUUGGCCAGGUGUCUGUGACUGCAAAGAUCGACCGCAAAGGAUACACCCCAGGUGAAGUGAUUCCAGUCUUCGCUGAAUUCGAUAACUCCACUUCACGAUCUGUGGUGCCCAAGGCAUACAUCACUCAGACUCAGACGUUCAUCGCAAGAGGGACCACAAAGCAGAAGCAAGCGGUCGUGGCGACUCUUUGUGGAGAUGUGGUGGGAGCGCGCCGCAGAGAGACCUGGCAUGGCCGCGCCAUCAAGAUUCCUCCAGUCGGUCCAUCUAUCCUUCAGUGCCGUAUCAUCAAAGUGGAGUACAUGCUCAAGGUGUGUGUGGACAUUCCUGGCACCUCGAAGCUGUCUCUGGAGCUUCCGCUGGUCAUGGGGACCAUCCCUCUGCAUCCUUUCGGCAGCCGCACCUCCAGCGUGAGCAGCCAGUACAGCCUGAACCUGGACUGGUUCCGCAUGACCAUCCCCGAGCAGCGUGAAGCUCCUCCUGACUACAGCUCGGUCGUCACUGAGGAGGAGGCAGUGCAGAAUUCUGCAGCCAGCCGUGUCGAGGAGGACCUCAGCGCGGUGCUCGAGCGCCCCUUCAUGGCGUACGUGCAAGAAUUCCGCUUCAGGCCACCUCCAGUGUACAGCGAGGUGGACCCGAAUCCUCAGGCUGUCAACAUCAGACCACGCUGCAUGACAUGUUGAACGUCACGCUGAGCAUCACGCGGUGAUGUCAUGAUUGAAACGAAGCAGAGAUUUGCUUUCUGCCAGAGGCUCUGGAUCUCAGACUGGCACUCGGCAACGGGGAGCUUGCGUUCACCCCGCCUUAGGAUAUGUACGCUGACACCAAUUAAGGAUGAGAAAGAGGAACUGUCUGAGUUGAUGGACGGAUGGAUUCCUGAGGAAAAAAAUGCAAGACGGAUGAAUAUUUCCCUGCAUAUAUCUAUCCUUAAUUUUUCUCUAAGUAGAGUUUGGUCAGCGCCCGCUAAUGACUAACAACCUCUGAAGCAUAUUUUUUGUUAUGGAGUGAGCUCCACUGAGAUGUUUUUCUUGUGCAGGAGCUUUUUUUUUUUUUUUUUUUUUUUUAAAAGCAAAGCCUAACCGUUAGGUGACCUUUUCUGUACUUAAAAGUCAACAUUUGGUGCCACUCCAUAUCCUGUAACCGUAUCACCAUCUGCUAGCAGGAGCAAUAAUGCAAACUAUUGAUGGUAGUCGACCAUCAAGAUACAUAAUGUUAAUCUAAGCUCUUUUGGUGUUCGUUGUAUGCGGGUAAAGAACGAAAGAAUUGUGCAUGUUUAUACCUGCCUGGAUAUGCACGUGUAGUACUGGGCAAAAAGAAAAGAUGAAGCUUUGAGUUAAGGAGAGCCACAUUUCCUGGAGGCAGGAUGUUUGUUUCUGAACAAGAAAACUGUCCAUGUGACGGUGGUGAUGAUGAUGAUAAUGAUGAUAAUUAUGUUUAAGGCUGAAAGGUGCUCAUGGCAUGAACACGAACGUUUUUACGGCUUUAACGUGAUUCUUAACAAGGUGCUUUUCUGUGUUUUCUUGCCAUGGCCUUAUAUGACUAUUAUGACACUGUAGCAGACGCAGUCUUAAAGUUAUUUGCCGGAUAACAAGCCAUGUUUGUUCACGGUGCCUUUUUGUGUUGUUACAACAGCAGCGCAGUUUAGUACAGGGAUUAUACGCGACGAUGCGUCCAGCUUUAAACUUGUUCUACCACUCUGAAGUGUACCUAACAUUCCAAAGACAGCUAGUUAAAUUCCAAAUUGUGAAAAAAAACUAAACAACAAAAUCAGGUAAUAACGUUGAAUGUACUGUCUAUGGCACUCAUGGAAAAUGAAUGUAUUUUAUAGGUUUUUCAUGUUCAAAAUAUAUUUUCAUAACUGUUUUCUAAUAAAAGUGAAACAAAUCUGA